AUGGAACCAUAUCUGGGCCUUCGAGGGCGCAAGCUCUCUGCUGGAAUUAUGCUGGUGGCUGGUCUAACAUUCUUUCUCUACGGCUAUGAUCAAGGAAACAUGGGUGGCUUCCUCACCAUGCGUUCUUUCGCAGACCAAUUCCCUCAAACGGCCGUGCUAUUCAACGACAACUUACACACCUCCCAGCUCACUGGCUUUACCAUCGCUAUCUGGAACCUAGGAUGCUUCGUGUCUGCCAUGCUAGCAGUCGUGACUGGUGAUAUUCUUGGUCGCAAGCGAAUGAUCUAUGCGGGUCUUACCUUUUUGAUGGCAGGCCAGAUCAUACAGUGCUCGUCUUUCCGCUGGAGUCAAUCUGUCGUGGGGCGAUUUGUCGCAGGCUUCGGCAAUGGCUUCAACACCGCGACCAUCCCAGCGUGGCAGGCAGAGUGCACUAAGGCCCACCGAAGAGGGACUGUUCUCAUGCUUUCAGCUGGUGUGGCCAUAGCUGCGGGAAUGUCUUUUGCCUACUGGAUGGACUUCUGGUUUGGCUACCUUGACUACAGCUCGGCAAGCUGGAGGGUGGUCAUUGCUGCACAGAUUCUCUUCAUCCUGCUAGCAAUGGUCAUCUUGUUCUUCAUGCCAGAAUCCCCGCGAUGGCUUAUUCUAAAAGGCAGAGAGGAUCAAGCGCUUCGAAUCUUGUCCGCUCUCAACGACACAGAGCCCACGACACAUGAGAUACGACAAGAGUUCCUCCAGAUCAAAGACGCAGUAAUCGAGAUGGCCAAAGCGUCUUUCAAAGGCAUCGGCAAGCAAGGCGACUACCGUGAUACACACCGAGUCAUUCUGGCCGUUGGCCUGCAGUUCAUGCAGCAGAUGGGUGGCAUCAACUUCAUGACUCAGUACUACGCACAUAUGUUCCGCCGCGAGUAUCAAUGGUCCAUCUGGUCUUCACGUCUCCUAGCCGCAGGCGCUGGCACCGAGUUCUUCCUGGCCUCAUUCGUUGCUGUGGUCGGCAUUGAUCGAUUCUGGGGCAGGCGACAACUUCUGCUAUUCGGCACUUCAGGCAUGCUGUGCUGUUCGAUCAUCCUUUCGCUUAUGCUCAUGGUGAACACACGUCCAUCACUGGACGCAGGUACGGCAUUCGUGUUCAUCUUCUGCACUUUUUGGGCCAUCGGGUGGCAAGGGAUGAGUUGGCUGUAUCAGGUGGAAAUUGUGCCUCUGCGUAUUCGAGGUCCGGCGAAUGCACUUUCGACUGCCUCUAACUGGCUUGCCAACUUCAUUGUUGUGCUCAUUGCUCCGGUUGCAUUCGGCAACAUUGGAUGGAAGACUUAUCUAAUCUUCGUGGCGACAAAUGCUGUGAUCCUGCCAAUCGUGUACUUCCUCUAUCCAGAGACUGGUCUGAGAUGUCUCGAAGAAGUGGACUACAUCUUCUACACUGCUGGGUCAACUGCUCGGCCAUGGCUUGAUGUCGUCAAGAUUGCCAACAAUGAGCCCCUGUGGUAUAGCAGAAACAACGACGAGCCGUACGACUACGAGUCUAGCGAAUGGCACCAACGGCAUGUGCGAUUCUCCGAUGAAGUAAAAGCGUCGAAUGGCGAAACAACGACACUUCGGGCCAUCGAUUCUGAUGAUCACACGGAGAAAAUGGUCAGCAGUAGCAGCGAAAGCGACCCAAAGUCAUCCGAUGCAGCACCAAGUCCCAUCAUCUCUCGUCAUCCGACACAAGAGCGGCCAACCAGUGGCGUACAUGUCUCCAGGAGCGCUGGACAUGGAGGCUGA